CCAGAUUAUCCAUACGGUGCAGUUACCGGUGGCGUAACAUGAUAUCCCCUUCCGUCUCCGUCCGUUCUCCGGCGUCGCCGUCUCCCUUUCUCGGCACCUCCCUCUUUCCCCAUAAAUCCUUCUCUCAUUCUCAUCUUCCUCUCAACCACAGUUGGAAUCAACAAAAAAACAUUCCCAAUACUUUUCAACACCAUAUAUUGAAGUGUCGACUUGCAAAGGCCAAAGAAGUCGCUUCUCCAAGCCUCGAAAGCCUAACACGAGAACCUCACAAGUAUUUCGAUCAAGCAAUCAUAACUGUUCGCGCCGGAGAUGGAGGCCAUGGUGCUACUCUUAGCAUGAACAAUCAAAAGGCCAGUCCCAAGUCACAGAGCAAACAGGACAAAGAAAAAGCAAGGAUAAGAAGCUCUUAUAAGCGGGAUUUUGACGGAUCACUUAUCCUACCUAUGGGCGGACAUGGUGGCGAUGUCGUAAUUUAUGCAGAUGAGGGGAAAGAUUCGUUGUUGGAGUUUCAUAAAAAAACUCGGUUUAAUGCAAAACGUGGUGGGAAUGUUGAUACAAUGGGAGUUUUUCAUUCUCAGCUAAGAAACGGUUUAGCUUCCCCAACGUUGCGUAUUCCCGUACCUUUAGGUACUGUUGUAAAACACAAAAGAGGCAAGUUUCUAGCUGAUCUAGCUCAGCAUGGUGACGAAAUUCUUGUUGCUAGGGGUGGUCAAGGAGGGAUUAGUUUGUUAGAAAUGCCUGGGCAUAAAAAGAAGAAGAUGAUGAAUAUGACAUCAAAUGUGAUGACAGAUGAAAAUGAUAAGGUGUUGGUUCUUGGUCAACCUGGGGAGGAGGUCAGCUUGCAGUUAAUCCUAAGAGUUGUUGCAGAUGUCGGUCUCGUUGGCCUCCCUAAUGCUGGAAAAUCGACCCUACUGUCAGCCAUAACACUUGCAAAACCCGAUAUUGCUGAUUACCCAUUCACAACGUUAAUGCCUAACCUUGGACGUCUUGAAGGUGAUCCUAGUUUAGGGGCGGGUAAAUUCUCGUCAGAAGCAACAUUGGCAGAUCUUCCUGGUCUUAUUGAAGGGGCACAUUUAGGAAAGGGACUAGGCCGUAAUUUCUUGAGGCACUUGAGGAGAACCCGAAUGUUGGUCCAUGUUGUCGAUGCUGCUGCGGAGGAUCCCGUGUAUGACUACAAAACUGUUAAAGAGGAAUUAAGGAUGUACAAUCCUGAAUAUCUUGAAAGGCCAUAUGUCGUGGUUUUAAAUAAAAUCGAUAUACCUGAGGCUAUGAAUAAGCUCCCUUUUUUAGUUGAGGAAAUACAGAAAAUUGGAAGCAACGAAUCGCAGGUUCAACCUUUAUCUGACCACGAGGAUCCUGCAAAUUUAACCUCACCCGAGGAUAAAAAGAUAAAAGAAAUCGAUGAAUAUCCACGACCUGCUGCUGUUGUAGGCGUCAGUGUCCUGAAACACAUGAAUAUCGGCGAAUUACUAAUGGAAAUUAGGUCAGCCCUAAGAAAAUGCCGGGGAUCCGAAGAGGCCCUAUAUCCGUAGCGAAAAAGAGUGAUCGGUCAUGUUAGUAUCCAUUGUAGUAUAUGUUUGUACAAAUUCAACCCUUUUCAAGAAUAGAAUAUCACAAUUACAAUGUAGCUUGCAACUUGUAUUACAUGUGAAAUGAAUAUGGUGUAUGUAUCACAGGUGUAUAAUCCAGGUCCAACUAUGAUGGUCAAGGCAGGUGCUGGAUCAUUUGUAAACCGGGCCGGGCUGGGCCCAAAACGGAAUGUUUGGUACCAAUGACGAGCAAAUUCGGAAGAUCCCAAAUGCUUUAGAAAUUAUAAGUGUUAUUAUAUCAAAAGUGUAAAACGCUGAUAUUUUUAGUUGUUUUAAGAGGAUUUACUUCUAAAUCGGUUAACAAGACAUGAAUACAUGAUAGCUGUUUUGAA